CAUAGCGCCCAGCCUCCUUUCAUAUGCUGAAAAAUAAACUAUAACACUACGAUGAGAGAGGGGAAAGCACAGAGUCAGAGGCGCCUCUAAAACAGUAAAGAUGGAGGACGACCUGGUGUCAGAGGAUGAUAUCUUGCUGUGUUCAGAAAAGGAGUUCCAUGAUGCCGCAAAGAGGAACGACCCAGGGAAAAUGCAGGAACUGAUGAAGAAGGGUGUGGACGUGAAGGCCAAAAAUAAUAUAGACCGCAAAGCGCUGCACUGGGCAGCAGGAGCCGGGAAUGAACAGGCUCUACGUCUCCUUCUGGACCACGACACCGAAGUGGAUGAGAGGGACACUUUUGGCAUGAAUCCUCUGCUGCUGGCCUCCUGGUUUGGUCACCUGAAAGUGCUGCAGAUCCUGGUGUCCAGUGGAGCAAAGCUCAACAGUGAGAACAAAGAUGGUCUGAGUAUGCUGCAUUGUGCUGCCCAGCGAGGCCACAUCAGAGUAUUGGAGUUCAUCAUGGAGGACCUGGAAGACAUCUGUCUCGACAGAGUUGACAAGUCGGGGAAGACAGCACUUCACCUGGCUGCUGAACAAGGACAAUUUGAAGUGGUGGAGUUUCUGAUUGGAAUGGGCUGCACACAUGGUUUGAAGGACAAGGAAGAGAACACAGCCCUGCACUUAGCAGCGAAGUGCGGGCACACAGAGGUCCUGCAGAAGAUGGUGGAGACUGGAGUGGACGUCGAUGAGAGAAACAUGGAUGGUCUCACAGCGCUGCACCUGGCGGCUGAUGGAGGUCACUGUGAAUGUGUCAAACUGCUGCUGGAGUCCGGCUGCGAUGCCAAUGCACAAACUAAUAAGAAUAUGAACGCUCUCCACUACGUGGCUCAGCGUGGCUUUGACAGAGAAGCCAGUUUUCUGCUGGAGGCAGGAAUCAACAGAGAUGCUGUAGACAAUCAACACAACACAGCGCUCCACCUCGCUGUGUUCAACAACCACACACAGGUCUUACGGCUGCUCAUAGAUGCUGACUGUGACCUGGACGUCGCUGACAGUAGACAACAGACUGCGUUGCACAUAGCAGCAGAGCACGGCUGGCAGGACUUGGCUGAGAUGAUGCUGAUCUCGGGCGUUGACCUCAAUCUGACUGACAAGCAGGGGAAAACGUGUCUGGAGGUGGCAGCCAGAGGAAACCAUGUCAUCCUGGUCGACAUGAUCAUCAAAGCUGACCGUUUUUAUAAAUGGGAGAAGGAUCAGAUGGGCAGUGAGCAGGACUCCUGGGUGGGGAGGACUCUGAGCUUCAAGCAGGAUCACCAGCCUGACACACAGCACCUCCGGUCUGUCCUAUGGAGCCUGGCCACCAAGCACCUCUGCCGCGGGGAGUGGAAGAUUCUGGCACAACACUGGGACUUCAGCGACGCACAUAUGCGAGCUAUAGAACAACAGUGGACAGGUAUGAAAAGCUUCAAAGAGCAUGGCCACCGAAUGCUGUUAAUCUGGCUUCAUGGAGUCGUGAUGGCGGGGGGGAACCCGGUCAAAGGCCUCUACGAGGGGCUGGUGGAAAUCUCACGGACAGACUUGGCAGAAUGCAUCCGGCAGAAGGCAAAUGCAGAAACCAGCUCUCCCAAAAGGUGCACUGCAAUGUGAUCAACACUUGAACACCUGCUGACACUCGUACUGCACUGUUCCUCUGUACACUAAGGGCUUUCCAGUUGUUGACACCUUUGAAAAAUGUGUAGAAUUAACUUUGUUGAAUUUUUCCACUCUUACUAUUGUGUCGAUUUUAUUAUGAUGUACUUUAUGAUGUUUGCUCUUGUAAACAAAUGUUAGCAGAGAGUGACGCCACCAGCCACACACUGCGUCAGCUCUCACAGACAUUAACUACGCUGUACACAGUUAGGAUAUCUUCAUCAUUAUUAUUCUUGGUGAUGUCAGCUUUUACAGCAGAAGUCUUCUCUGUCUUUGUCAGGGGCAGGACUUCAGGCUCUGCACUUUCUGUCUUUGUGGCGCUAAAGAAACGUUUCAUUCAAUUUGUAGACAGAGAGCGUAAUACCUGCUUUAUCAGAGCAACAUGAGCAGAUCCACCUCACUUUAACCCACUUAUCUAUUGCACACCUGACACUUGGGUUUUACAUCAAGGCUUCCCCAUCUGAAGCCACAGCAUAAGGGGUCACAAGAUUAACUUGAGGUUUUAUAAGACGUUUAACCGGACACACAAUUAUAUAUAUUUUUGAGACGUUUAUCUAACAUUUCUUUAUUUUCUUGUACAUUUCAGGAUCAUUUGACUUUUUAUGGCCUUUAAAAACUUAUUCUGAUGAAACGGGGAAAAGCUCUCUGGUUGAUUUGGUCAUAACUGAUAAACAUAUACACAAGUUUUAUUUUGAGGGCUCACCAGCCAGAUGGUUGGAGAGCACUGUUUUAGAUAACUGGGUUAAGCUGGGCAUCAUUUUACUGGUGUGUAAAAGGAAAAUAAAAUCCAGUUUAGAAAAAACAACUUGAGGAAUUGUAUGUUUGUCUGCGUGUGUAAGUGUUCUUUUGUUUCUGCUUCUGUUAAUGAAUCCACUAGAUUGAUUCCCUAAACAGAGUCGCACAUUUGACUGACACUCAAUAUGUACUGGAGCCAUGUAAGUAAGGUUAAUGGUGUAUAAAAUAAUUGUCGUUUUUGCAUGAAGAGAAUACAAAUAUCUCUCUAAAGUAAUGACAUAUGCUUUUGUAAUGAUUUAUAUGAUAAACUCAUGUUUUUAUAAUCCUGUUUUGUGGUAUGCCAAUGUACUGCUGAAUUUGAACAUGAAUGCACCUUUUUGAAAUGAUCAUUAAUCAUCAGUAUGUUAAGAGUUUUGUUGUCAAACAGCUGAAUCUUAAAUCCUGUGUAGGUGGGGUAUACAUACAAGUUGUGUUUGCAUGAAUCACCUUUUAAAGAAACCUGGUUGGUCCUUGAACCCCUCAUGAGAUAAGUACUUAUUGUAUAAAGAUUAAUGCAAUUACUAGAUUGUUUGGCCCCAAUGCACAUUUCUUUUGUAUAGUUAUUGUAUAAACUGUCUAUGUACAUGUUCAUAAGUUAAAUAAACUCCACUUUGAAAACAAA